AUGAGCACCAACACUGCUGAGCCACCUACAGAGGUAACAGGAACAAAAACUGGUGGUGUUGAACAAGUCUCACCAAAUAAAACAACACAAAGCGGAUCAUCAUCUGUUGUAAAUAAGAGUCAUCAUGGCAUAAAAAGAAUUAUGAGUGAGAUGAGAGAAUUACAAAAAAAUCCAUCACCCGAAUAUGAAGCACAUCCUCUUGAAGAUAAUUUAUUUGAAUGGCACUUUACUAUAGCUGGACCAAAAGAAAGUGCUUUUGAAGGAGGUAUUUAUCAUGGUAGAAUUAUUCUUCCACCUGAAUAUCCUCACAAACCACCAGAUAUUGUAUUAUUAACUCCCAGUGGAAGAUUUGAAGUAAAUACAAAGAUUUGCCUCUCACUCACUUCCUAUCACCCUGAAAGUUGGACACCACAAUGGGGUAUUAGAACUGUACUAAUUGCACUACAAGGAUUUUUCCCAACCGAAGCCAAAGGUAUUGGAAGUAUUGAUUAUCCAGACAGUGUCAGAAAACGAAUGGCCAAUCAAUCUAGAAAAUGGAAAUGUGAUGUAUGUGGAACUUGUAAUGAUGAAGUACUCAAGACACCCCAAGUUGUAGCAUCAUCAUCUAGUAAUAAUACCAAUUCAAAUACAACUACUGCUACUAUUACUACUAACAAUACGAGUGAAACUAUACAAACAUCUACCUCAAUAAUUGAGGAAUCAACAUGUGAGGAAAAACGUUGUUGUAAUAAUACUGAUCACACUCACCAUCAUUACGAAAAUAAGGUUGUAUCACGUGGAGGUCCAACACCACAACCAGCCACAACCACAAAACCGUCUGUACAAAAAAGUGGAGAAUCAAACACAAAAACAGUACCAAAAAAGUCAACUGUUUGGAUAUUGGAUUUAUUAAUAGUGUUGGUAGCAAUACUUAUAUCAUAUAUUGUGUAUAUUAGAUAUUCUUCUUCUGGAAGGAGAUGAUUGUAAAUAUUUGUAAAAAUAAAAAUUUCAAUUUUAAGAUUUC